AUGAGAGCCGACUCGUUCUCUACCUGCGAGUUUGGCGUCAACGAAUCCGGUGCUUACAGUGAACGCGCUAUGCCAAGUGCUGGAUUAUUUCCCUUUCUACAGUCAACUGUCUGUUCACUCGACAACAUAUGCAAGAACCCCUAUGCCACUGAUUCAGUGGAUUCUAGAUCGGUACCAGCUGCCGAGAUGUUGAUCCGUCGACUGGGACCAAAUAUUGCAAAUACAAGCGUAAUAUCAGCAUUAGGAAACCUUCCUGAAACCCUGGACAUCAUGUUUGCUGUUACAGCACCGUUACAGCAAGCAGAGGUUAUUAACUUCAUUGAAAAUGGCCUCAGAUUAGGCGAUAUUUUUAAAGACAAAGAGAAACUGAUAGAGUUUCUUACUGAAGAAAGUGCUGUGCUGCCACGUGAAGUCGUCGAGUCUCUACUGGAAGCUAAAUUCAACUUGGACGAGAUGUAUGAAGUGACAGGCUACAUAGACUUCCGUGGUGUGGCUUGCAAUAGCGACCGACUGGUGCAGUACGUGAAAUUUAACAAAAACAGCCCUGCCACUGCAAAAGAGGUGUCUAAGGCUCUCUGCAGCUUGAAUGAGAGCAACCUCGAAGUAGUCGUGGAAACACUGCAGCAGUACAUUGAUGUCAGGAAGAUAUCAGAAGCGGCGAAGACUUUGGCGGGAGCAUUGGGUCAGUACGACCUUGGUACGGCUCUGGAGGACAUUGGCACAAUGCUGGACACAGUGCGAGAUAUGUCAGCUCUCUCCGGCACUGCUCAGAGGCUUCCCAGCAUGCACGACAUCACUGAGUGGGUGCUGUACUUUAAACGCUUCACAGAGAGCAUCCCGAGGUUGGACGGCACCAAUCUCGACUACAUCUUUUUCAACAGAGUCAUCAAUGACCUGGACAGGAUGAUGGGUAACUUCUCUUCAUGGCUAGAUAUCAAGCGUGGAUUCUCUCACAUUAACCAGACGCUGGUUGUUUUGAACAAGCAGUUAGUCAAAGUAGAAGAUGCGACACUGAACUUUGCCAGCCUGUUCAAGGAUCCAGUCAAUUUCUGGGAAGUGAUCAACAGUACUGGCAGAUUGCCAGAUCAGAUGGUUGAGCUUUUGUGGAGCAUAAACAUUAAACCGGAAUACGUAUUAGACGUAGUGAGGUCGGCACAUCUUUCUUCGGAAGAAAGGCGCACAUUCUACUGCAAAAGCCCUGGCUUCGUGAACCUACUGACAUUUACUGAUCAGCCAUUGGAGAAUGUGCAGAUGCUGGCUAGAUACCAGGACGUGAUCUGUGAGGCCAACGCUAAUGGGUUGAUCGACGAACUCUACACCCAGCUGGACAUUGGUCUCAUCGACGAAAUGUUGGAGAAAUAUAAUGAAACCGGUAAGAUCUACCAACGGCUGGAUUGGGGCUCGUUGCUGAAUAAUGCGCAGCAGCUGAUAGAGACCUUAAAUGAGCUAGCUAACAAGUAUGGACACUACCUGGAACACUUUGCUGAGUCUGCCUUUAGAUUCAGAUCAGCGGCCAGACUGCUGACAUUUGAAUUACCAACGCUGGUUGCAACGGAUGAGCCAAUACUGGUAAUUGCCCAGACCAUACUAGAGGAGACUUUCAGCAAAGAUGAUGUCAGGUUGGGUUUAGUUUUGGCCGAUCUAACACUGGACAUCUUGGAGCAGGUGGAUGACCGUGACCUGGAUACUCAGGAUUCACUAUACACUGGACUACUGGGCAACACUAGCGACCUGCACGUCAGCCAUGAUUAUCCUGUUGCUCUGAAUGAGGGCUCACUCCUCAAGUUAAUCCAAUACCAGCCAGAAGUGCUGUUAGCUGCUAUGGAAGUCCUUUCUGACCCAGUAAUCCAGCAGAAGCUGCUGCAGCAUGUAGGCGACCAGGUCGCGCUGUGUGGCAUCCUGCGCAACUCACACGUCUACGCUUUGCCCAACGAAGAGCUGUUGAGUAGCUACCAGAUGCUGGUGUGCAGCGAUGAAUACCUCGAGUAUCUGGAAGUGUUGUUGAACAACAGCGCUGUUAUUGACAAAUUCCAGAAGUUGGUCGAUCUUACCAGCAAGAGUGCUAAGCCAAGAGCGAACGAUGGCUUCGAUUCUCCUGACCUUCUUAGCGCAAUCGUUGCCAAAGCACGCCGUCUUUACGACCACUACACCAACAAGCUUCCCAACAGAAGCAGACAUCUGUAUGAGAUGCAGUACUUGGUACACCGGGUAGCUGCAAACGCGAUGGCGAACCGGGAGUACACCGAUGAUGAGAUUGUGAAGUGGAAUCAGGCCAGGGACCAGUUCGAGAAAGAUUUCGGGCAAAACAUGAUCUACUGGAGCAUUCUGGCAAAGGACAUUGCACCCAUUCUGGAGCAGAGUGCUGUCUGGCCACAGAUCCAAGCUGUGCUAGAGCUGCUCAUGGAAUCAGCUACUACGAUCAGUUCCCAGCAGCAGACGUUACUGGAAAAGAACAAUCUUUUUGGGAGUAUCGUUGACAACUGGCAGGUGCUGGUAAGCGAGGCAGCUGUGGCACUACGAAGAAUCACCGAAAUAUCGAAUGAUACGAGCAAGGUGACGAAGCUGUAUCAACAGCUGAGGUCCAAUCCAGAGCACGUGCAGCUGCAGAGCGUUCUCUGUAGGUCUGAGUCGAGGGUGGGUAAUCGUACGUUGGCGCCGGAGCUGUGGGGGGUACGGCAGGCGAUGUGCACCCUACAGGAGGUUGUUAAUCCCUUCAUCUUAUUAAACGAGACGGGGUUCAAAGACGAAGAAUUCACGAAGCUCUACAGCAAGGUACUUGCUAUAGUACAUGGCAAGGCUGAACUGAAGUACACCCCUGGAAAAUUUCCAUGGACUGAGUUGCUGUCCAAGAUACGGAUUGCUUUUGCAUUCACUUGGACUGAUGAGGUCUCUGGAUUACUGGAUCAUCUAAUGCUAGACGUGGAUUAUUCGGAGCUGGUGGAUGCUGGUACCAUACUGGAGAAAUCUCUGGCCACAAAACAGCUUGACACUGACCUCUUGAAGCUCCUAAUUACAACAGAGAUGGAAGCUCUGGACAGAGAGUUGGAAAAUGUCACUGAGUGGUAUGACCUAAAGGCACAACUUCUCAUGAUCAAUGUAAAUCUCAAGGAAUACGUCCGGCAGAUUUCACAAGUAGAAGAGAAGGGCAUUACACUGUCCUUGUGGACAGGCGAUAUAUCUGUGAUAGACGACGUCAUAGUGAAGUCGUUGGAAGUAGCACCUGAAGUGCUGGAUGCCAUUCUGUCAGUCGUCAUCAACCCGGACGAGUUUCUCACGACAGUGCUGUCAAGUGACUUCAGAAAUCUGACUGAGCCAUGUCAGGGAUUGAACUUCACAAGAUUCCUCCUCUUCCCUGACAAUGAUGAGGAUGUUGAAAAGCUGCAAGAGAUGGUGUGUGACAACUUCAUCAUGGCCAUCAUCAAACGCUCGCAACAACAACCAUACGUAAAAGAGUUGAUGGCGUUGAAACGUAUGGUCGAGAAUGGGUUACCGCUGACAGUCAACUGGACGGACAUGAUAGACAGCUACAUUGACUAUGUGCAGACCAUAGGGCAGCUGGCCACGCGUGAAUCGCCACUGCCACUCAACCUUCCAACUGUAAAUGAGACGGCGAUUCAGGCGAUCCUCGACAAGCACCUGCCACUGUUGCAAGAGCAAGACUUUUUUAAGCUGCAGUUGAUGAAGCUGGACAACUUGAUACCACUGCUCGACAGCGCCGUGGCAACGAGUAACAACUUGGCUGCCGAGCAGCUGUGGAAAGCAACGGGUGAAGCUGUGAAAAGCUUCAAUACAUUUGCACCCAUUCUUCUCGAUCGACUGGCUGCCCUUGCCAACUCGAGUUCCACGCUGGAGACACUGAUCAACUCAGAUGAGUUGGAGAAAGUUCUGGCACUCACGCAGGCUGACCCGGCUAUCGCAGGCGUCCUGCUUUACAACGCUCUACAUCCACCUGCAGCCACACUUUUUGAGCAGCUGCAGAACGCGACGGUGCGUGAGGAACUGUGUGAGAAUCUGGCGUUGUUCAGCCGCUACGUGAAGCUACCACCAAACUCCACUGUAGAGCUCGGCUCCGUGCAGCGCGCGCUGUGCAUCAACCUUAACUACACGAUAAUUCUCCCCGAAAUCAUGCAGUCCCUGACCACUCCGGAGAUAGAUCGGCUGGUGGCAGCACUGCAGAAGCCAGAUGGAUCUGUGUUCCCAGCGGCUGUUAACAUCAGCGCAGCCCUGAGAAACUUUGAGCAGCUCACAAAGAGUCUACACACACUGUCCACUACACCAUUCUCGUUUGGAAGUAACAUCACUAUUAACACAGAUCAAUGGCAGGCAGUCCUACAGCAAUUUCUGAAUUCGACAAUAAACCAAGAUGUCUUUUUACAAAGCAUCGUUCAAGACCAACUGCCCAUGCUGCUGAAGUUGGGGCUCUCAUCUCUGGAUGACGACAGUAGUGCCCACCUAUUGAAGACCAUGAACUAUGCCGUGGAAGUGACAACCUCAGUGCUGGGAUCUCUCACUGGUAUGGACCUUGCUGCGCCUGAAGGUGUAGAAACACAGAAGCUGGUAGCCAUGUUACGAGAUCUAGUGCCCAUCAGCGAAGCUGUCAUUUUCACUGAGUGGAAUGACUUUCACAAGACCUAUGAGCUCCACAGGAUCCUAUCUAGCAACUCUCUCUGCACCGACUCGUUAGAAAAUGUGUUGCUGCUGCCACCUGGAUCUGAAUUGAAUGUGCGAGUGUUUGUCGAUAACGUGUGCUCGUUUAACUACACGGCAUUGGAGGGCGAGAUAGCUGCACUGCCGCCGGUCAGCACAGAACACUAUGUUGACAAAGUGCAGGAGUUGAUCAAAGUUCAGAUGGAUCUCCCACAGUCACAAAUAUCCUUCCAUCUGGGCAAUCUCACCAAUAAUUCAAUGUGGGCAAAUGAUUCCUACUGGACAUCGCAAGUUGAGGAGUUCUGGGCCCAGACAGAAAAUGACAGUAAUGUUCUGUCUGAUAUCCUGCGUGAUCUGGAACCCAUCAUACAAGGGUCACUAGUAGCCAGGAAGUCGAUUCACGUUCUUGAUGCAGCACUAGACUGGCUCAACACGAAGCUUGCUGACUUGGAAACUCGUGAGUCGUUCUCUCUGUCCGACAUUUUCCCGCCGGGCUCUCAGCUGCACUCGCUGUUAACCAACCUGCUUCCUGCCACACCUGAGUUUUACACCAUAUUUCAAUUUAUCAACAACCAUAAGUUGCAGCAGGCAAUGCGGCAGUAUCCAGGGGAGGAGUUUCUGGAGAAGCUAUGCACCGAUGGCCUGCAGGACAUCCUCCCUAUCCCGGGCUUUUCCCCCGAGCAGUAUAGCAAUGUGCAGACUGCCAUCUGCCAGCUCAACUACACGCAGCUGCUGCCCGAGCUGAUAUCUUUCUUCAACGUCGAUGCCAUCACACUAGAGGGAGACAACUCCGGGCCGAUUAACGUGCGUGGCACCCUGAGUAAGUUGCAGCAGCUGGAGACUCACAUAUCCACCCUCGCUAGAACUCACCCUAUGUUCGUACGAGAUGACCGCUGGUUGGAGGAGGGAAUUUGGCUGGACACUGUCCAGCAGCAAAAUUUACUCGCGGAGAAGAUGGUGCAAGACCCCACAUUUUGGGCACGUGUAUUCAAUGACUACAUCCUUCUCAGUGAUGAUCGCAAAGUUAUCCAAACUGUCGGCCAGUUUUAUUACGUAUCCUCGGUGAUAAUAGACUACACGACUGAUUUCCUGGACUCUUUGGACUACAAGGAGGGCGUUCUGAACCUUGGUGGACUUUUCAACGACACAGAUCAACUCAACGCCAUCCUUCACUCGACCUUCGACAUCGGACCCGACAUUGUUUCAACAGUGCUGCAGAGCUCAGUCAGACUGGACAAGUUAUCCGAUUUGGUUUCGAGCAUAUCAGCGGAGGGUGUUGAGGCAGUUCUGUGUAGUGAAGCUUUCAUAGAAGAGUACUUCAUCCUUCCCAAUACAACGGAUGCCAGUCAGCUGAAGGAUGCUUUAUGUCACAUCAAUACGACACAGCUCAGAGAGGAGCUGACAGGGCUUUUCGAUAUACAGGGACUCGUACGAAAGCUUUCUGAGGAAGCCAGUGCAGUGAACAGCAUCUAUCUUGCGCAACACGUAGAAACGUAUUUCAACAGUUCUGAUCUACUACGUGGCGCUAUUUAUCGGCUGAUGAACACCACCAGUCUUCGCUAUGGAGAUUUGGACCUUGUCGAAGAGUACAGUGGCUCUAAUUUCAGCGGCCCAUCCAUCCCAAUAACAUUGAGCCUAGAGGAUCAAUACAGUUUGCUUGACGCUCUGCUGCAGCAAGCCACUGAACAAUCUCUAACUGCAAAACGAGUCAUCUCAGUGUUUGACACCGUCAUUGACACCAUCACCUCCAAGCUUGCUAACCUCACAACUCGUGAGUCGUUUGCGCUGUCAGACCUGUUUCCUCCAGACUCCCAGCUGUACUCUCUGGUAGCCAACCUGCUGCCCGUCAUGCCAGACGUCUAUGUGCUCUGGCAAAGUCAUAGCCUUGACAAUAAGUUGCAGCAGGCGCUGCAGCAGUAUCCAGGGAAGGAGUUUCUGGAGAAGCUAUGCACCGAUGGCCUGCAGGACAUCCUCCCUACUCCGGGCUUCUCCCCCGAGCAGUAUAGCAACGUGCAGACUGCCAUCUGCCAGCUCAACUACACGCAGCUGCUGCCCGAGCUGAUAUCCUUCUUCAACGUCGAUGAAAUUACAAACGAAGAUUUCCAAUUGCCUAAUGCGUGGCAGCCGUUCAUGAAAUACUACAGACUGCAAGAGAUGGUGGUGUCAAUUGUUCAGUCGCCACCUGUGUUCAUACAGGAUGACACGUGGAUGAAUACCACCAGGUGGCAGGAGGCUGUGGCUCAGAGUAAUAACAUUCUGUUGAACAUCACAACGGACCCUAUGCUAUUGGCUAAUAUAUUGGACCAGUUUCUUCCGUACGUGGAGGAUACUACAUUUGGUCAAGUGGUGAAGUCGUAUUACUAUGUCUCAUCGGUGUUGCUAGAUUACACAAAUCAGCUGCUUCACUCAUUAACAUACAAGGAUGGGGCAGUAGACAUUGCCAGUCUGUUUGUGAAUGCUACACAGCUGCAGAAGAUUCUUCAGUUGAAUUUUGACGUGGGACCAGACAUCAGCGAUGUAUUCCUUAGGAGUGCGCUCAGAAUUGAUAAGAUAUCCGAUUUGGUGCAGAGUUUAUCAACAGAGGGUGUUGAGGCAAUUCUGUGUAGUGAAGCUUCCAUAAACGAGUACUUCAUCCUUCCCAAUACAACGGAUGCUGGACAGCUAAAGGAUGCUUUAUGUCACAUCAAUGCUACACAGCUCAAAGAGGAGCUGGCAGGGCUGUUCGAUAUACAGGGACUCAUAAUACAGCUAUCUGACGCAGCAAAUGCAUCAAAGAGCAUUAGUCUUACUGAGCAGAUGGUUAACUACCUCAGCGGUUCUGAUCUGCUUAGAAGUGCCAUAUAUAAGCUGAUGAACAGCUCUUCCCUUGUCUACAAUGGCACACAGCUUGAUGGUCAUUUCACCACACCAUAUGUCACUGAACUGAUGAUCAACAAUGAGGAUUUGUAUCGCAUGGCUUUGGAGGCUCUACAACCGAUCGUACAACAGUCAGACGAAGCACGGGCAUUUAUCCGCAAUCUUGACACAGUAUUGGACACGGUCGACUCUAAACUUGCUGCCGUCACACCUCAUGGUAACCUCAGCUUGUCGGAUUUGUUGCCACCAGACUCCCAGCUUUACUACUUAUUUAGCAAGAUCCUGCCUGUGUUACCUGAAGUCUACAGCAUACUUCAGUCAAACCAUUUACAGUUGCAGCAGGCGCUGCAGCAGUAUCCAGGGGAGGAGUUUCUGGAGAAGCUAUGCACCGAUGGCCUGCAGGAUAUCCUCCCUACCCCGGGCUUCUCCCCCGAGCAGUAUAGCAACGUGCAGACUGCCAUCUGCCAGCUCAACUACACGCAGCUGCUGGCCGAGCUGAUAUCCUUCUUCAACUUUGAUGACUUGACGUUUCUACAGGAAAACAAUAGCAGUCCCGUGGAUAUCCUGGCAACAUUUACCAAAGCUCAGAAUUUGCAGUCACGAGUUAUGCAGCUGGUGGAGAGUCCGCCGGUGUUCAUCGACGACGUGUUCUUCAUCGAUAUCGAUAAAUGGCAGCGUGCGCUGAAUGAAAGCGAAAUACUACUGCAGUCAAGCGCAGAGAGACAAGCAUUAUAUAUGGCUGGCAUCGCAGAUGAUUACCUGAGAUUGCUACCAGUAGACAUCCAAGGGAGAGUUGAAUCAUUCACUCGGGGUCCUGUUGUGGCAUUCAAAUACAUAACUGAGAAGCUAAACACUUUAAAACGAGAGAAUGGUAAAGUGAAUAUUACAGCGCUGUUUAAGAACUCGCCAAAACUUCGCAAAGUUCUUGACCUAGCAAUUGGUCUGGCACCAGACGUCAUUGACACCUUGUUGAAAAGUGCUGUCAGAUAUGAUAAGAUUUCCAAGCUAACAUCAAUGAACGUUGCAGACAUUGAGACAAUAAUGUGUAGUGAAGCUUCCAUAAACGAGUAUUUCGUCCUUCCUAAUACAACGGAUGCCGGACAGCUAAAGGAUGCUUUAUGUCAGAUCAAUGCUACACAGCUCAGAGAGGAGCUGACAGGGUUGUUCGAUAUACAGGGACUCAUCCAAGAGUUGGAAGCUGGGCCUGGCACAGUCAACCACCAGCCAGUUCAACAGCUAGUGGGACUACUUAUCGACUACACGAAUGUCAUCGAGACCAUGGACAGCAUUUUGUUGCCAUUCGCUGGCAACGAAUCCACCUUCUACUAUGGAGAUGUUGAUUUGAAGCAGCACUUUGCUCAGCGGACAUUCAUCACAUCGGAUGUGCAGGAGAUCCUGCGUGGGAUAGAGCCGGCAGAUUUAUUGGAGUCAACAGUAGUGCUGGAGACACUCUUGGGCAAUACUAGUUUCUAUAGAGAUCUAAAGAUCUACCUGAACUCCUUCAACAUUAUCGUUGACAUCCUUGAUGAAAAGAUAAUCAACUUUGCAGACAAUUUGACGCUGUCUACCCUCCUGCCAGAAGAAAAUAAUGCGCGCAACUUCUUACGGGAUGUCUACCAGCUCACCCCACAGUAUAUUGAUGCUCUGAUGGCGGCCUCAUUCAAUCCCAGUGCUCUGAUUAACAACACAAAGCUCCAACUAUGCAAGGCAGAGAAUGAGCUCGAUGACAUGUGGCUAUUCCCGGAUCACGUCGACCCAACUGUGCUAGCGAGACUUCUCUGCUCUACUAACUGGACUGCGAUCAGUAUUGAGCUGAGUUUAGCGACCAUGUGGCCGCGAGUUGUGCGCGAGUUGUCCAAGUUGGACACAGAUGACCCUGUCGCACCGUUGAACUUGACCACAACAGUGAUGAAUAUCCAGCGAGUUGUGAAUGUAGCGCAUCUUCUGCCCGGAGAGCCGGUCGACUCUGUCGACAAGUUUUUCCUGUUUGAAGGCAAUAGUAGCGAGUGGUUGAGAGAUAUCCAGGAUGCCCUGUUCAGAUAUGCUGAAUCGGAUCACAUCGAUAACACGCUGUUGUCAAAUCUGGAGGUACUGACUCCUCUCCUUGCCCAAGCAGAUGAGAGAAUCCUUAAAUGGCUUCAUAUCUAUAAUGCUCUCAAUCAAUUCGCCAUUCGUGAAUUGGAAGGAAUCAGGACAACUGGGCGUCUUCUUCCAUUUGCUAGUCUCUACAAUAAUAGCUACCAGGGGGCGUCACUACUGAAGAACCUACUGGCCAUAGAUGAGGUGGUUCUUACAGACUUGUUCGGCGCGGAUGUCCGUCCACAGAAUGUGGCGCUACUGUUCGUCUCUGAUGACCCUCGACAGCUGCUCUGCAACAGCUCUCUGAACGAGUGGCUCCACCUGCAGUCUGCUGCAACGACUACUUUAGAUGAGCUGAAGGGGGCGCUGUGCAGCAUCAAUGUCACCACUUUAAGAGACGCAUUGUUGCUCGACGUCGAUUUAUCUCGCUUGAUCCAGGAGAUAAUGGACAUUGAACGACCUGACUUCAAUGCAUCUGCGCUCGACUGGAGACAUCUGUACGCAGACAUAGAGAGUCCGUCAUAUCUUGUCAACAGCAUCAUCAUGGGGCGUGUCCCGGUUGUCAUGAAGACCGACCCUCUCGCUCAGCUCUUCAACGGCAGCCUGAUCAAGCCUCUGCUGCGGGUGGCGCUCGAGGGACUUGCGUCGGUUCAACCCAACGAAACAUUUGCAGUGUGGGAAGCGCUAGAACAGAGGCUGCUGGGUGGUCCGAGUCAUUACCCGCGAGACAUCUACCGCUACCAAUCCGUCAACUACUUCCUCCAUCAGGUCAUAGGAACGCUACGUAGCCUCGAAGGCAACGGUGUGUCCUUGGCAUCCUUGAAGUAUCAGAGCAAGUCUGUUUUGCCCUACAUACUUGAUUCCUUCCUGGAAACGGGCGACAGGAUUUUCACUGCUAGUGACUUUCUCUUCAUGCAUGACGCUGACCGGCUAAGCAACGUUCCUGCCACAGCGUCGGCUGUCUGCAACCCCGCCUACGUCCAGCAAACAUUCACGGCAUUAAAUCACACGCAACUGCUUGGUGCUCUCUGCAACAACACGGCUAGUUGGCAUUUAGCUCUCUUGGACCUCGGCCUGUCACGUUCUGAGAUGUUCUACGUGAUAACACGGCUCUAUGCCAACGUGAGCGACGACGAUCUCGAACUGGCAGUAGAGGGCGCCACCGACCCAGAGCUUACCAGGAGGCAGCAGGAGGAUGCCACGCGCAGGAACGAGGACCUCUGGUGGCUGACCCAGCGACUCAUGAACCUUCGCGAGGGAAUGCUGAGCAGCGACGACCUUGAGGACAGACCAGCACACGACGUUGCUGACGUUGUCAUUGACACGCUAGUGAAUGAGCUCAACAGGAUAUAUGCCUUGAAUGGUUCUGCAGCCAGCAGGUGGACAUAUCCGCUGGACACACUAUUGUCGGCUGCUAAGAUAAUGGAAUAUCUUAAUAAACAGCUGCCCUACUUGCAGGCAACGGAUGAUACUAGUCCCCAACUAAGUGCUCUGCUGCCCGAUAUCAAGAAGGCAGAGUCAAUCUUGGAAAAGAUGAGUGAAAGAGAAUAUUCCACCGUGCUCCUUACAACAUCUAUCAACCCAAAAGAGAUGUUCUACCUCGUGCAAUCCGGCGAAUGGGAGGAGCACAUGUGCAACGAGACGGAGUUCCACUACCUCUUCUUCUUCCCCAAGUCGACGGACCCCGCCGACGUCGGUACCAUUCAGCAGAUGAUGUGCCGCAUCGCGCGCUACAAUGCCUCCAUCCUCGACGACCUCUUUGGCAUGGUUGACAUGCGCAUGCUUGUGUCUGAGAUCCAACGCAUUCUCCAUGCAAGAGAUGGCAACGCCGUGCCGGCUCGUGAGAUCCAUUUCGACUAUAUCAAGGAGCAGCUGAUAAAGCUAAUAUCCAAUGUAGACGAACUGUCUCGGCAGAGCUACGACAGCGGCAGCAUCAUGGCAACGAUCUCCAACUACAUCCUGCCUCUGCUAAAUAAGGCUGAUAACACAACCGAUGCUAGUGCGGAGGCGUUCUGUGAAGCUGCGCAGAUGGUGUUUGGAAGGGAGGAGUGGUUUGUGCAGCUGUCGCACGUCAUCUCCCAGAACCACCUGGCGGCCAGCAUUGUCACGGAGCUGAGUCGGGCUCUGCCUCCGCUGGACACUCUGCUUUGUCAGCUGCUAAGUCCAGGAGCAUCCGAAAUUCAGACGAUGAUCACUGAACAGAUUCAGCCCAUGGUGAAGAGGAUGAUAGAGGAUAGAUCGCCUGAAGAGGAGUCCUGCUCCAGUCACACAGCGGCAUUCGAUGAGCUGCGGCGGGUACUGAUGGAGCGAGCCCACCAGGGCAGUGCGCCGUCGCUGCUGCCGCGCGUGUCUGCAUGCUGGGAAUCGUUCUGGAACUUCACGCUUCAGGAGCUGGGUCAGCUCGGAAGUGUCGAGGAUAUAGAGCAGAUAUGUCUGGCCGGGCUGGCAGAGCAGCGCAAGUAUAACUCCCAUUUUGUGAUUGAAGAAAGUGACCUGCUCUACAAACUCAGACUGCAAGAGCUGUUGAUCGAUCAGCUGGAAGUGCUACCAGUUCUGGGAGAUAUCAUAUGCGACAUGCCACAUCUGAACUUUAGCGCGUUCUACAGCCGUUCUAUCGUCGACCUACGAAUUGCUGAGAUCACUUUAAAGGUGACGGCUUUGAGUGAGGGCAACCUUACGGGCGCGUUUAGCUGCCGUGAGUCGGCGCAGUACACGUCACGCCUCGCCACGCUGCUGCCCAGCAUCUACCGUGACAUCACCGAUCCCGCUGUGCAGCAACGCUACCUCACCUGUCUGCAGAAUGUCGGCGAGGCGCAGCUGUGGAGCGAGUUGGACACGUUCAUUGAGGUAAUAGCCACCACUGUGCCUCUACUGCAAGACAACGCCAUCGUGCAGGAGAUUCUGAAGAUAACGGACCCUGCUGAACUGCAGAAGACCUUGGACACAAUCUCAAUCAAGUUGCCAGAGUACAUCUCACUGGCGUCGGACACUCCAUCCGAGUUUCUCAAGGAUCUCGCUAUGCGGCUCGGCGUCAUCACGUCAAAUCUCAAGCUGCUACUCGAGCAAGGUGUUGUGAUUGACCUCAGCAAGUUUGAUCUAGUCGACCUUGACAUUUCGAACGUCGUUGAGGUCGUUAACACGGUGCUGAACGAGACGAGUGUCGGGAAAUUGGCUGACGGACUGCAAGGGCUCAUGGAAGCAUUUUUAGGGCUGGGGGGCAUAGAUGAAAACAGCACUAUUAUCCAGGAGCUGAGGACUAUCAGUCGUGGAGUUAAAGGACUGAAGCUGCUCAGGUACUUUGUAUCAAGGACCAAUGUCUCUGUACCCCUGAGGAACUUGCUAAUUAAACCUGAAGAGCUAGCGCGGUUGAUGGAGUCGGACCCUAUUAAUCUGUCACCCUUAGUGGUGCAGACCAUCAUGAAUUCAUCCCUACAUGUGAAUGAGAUCUUGUUGAACCUGGGUGAAGUGAAGGACAUCGCCUGCAGUCCGAUCCGGUUGCAUAAGACACUUAGCUUCGAGCCUGGCACCAACGUUACGCACGUCUCCGAAGCCCUGUGCGCAAUCGACCCCGACAAGUUAUCCAGUCUGAUGACGGAAAUUAUCAAGCAUCUGAGCAUUGGCCAGCUUGUGCAGCAGUUUGUGUCGUUGGCAACCGAUGAGGUCAUCACAAAUGCCGGGUACACAUCUGAAAAGGUGGCUACGCUUGUUGAAAGCAUGGCGGAGGCGAGUAAAGACAUGGGCGCAUUUAUGAGCUCCCUCAAUGACGAGCUGUCCACCAUCGACCUUGGUGACACUUUCAAGGGCAUCACAGACGCCGUUGAACGGAACGAUCCUCUUGGCCCCGAGGCCCUGAAAGCUAUCAGCGAGGUGAUGUGCAGUGAGGGCGAUCUGUCGAAGCUAGAGGACCAGUUCCACUUGGUGUCGACCGCCGCUGGAAGCGAUGGACUCUCCGCCGACCACCUCAAAGAGAUGAACGGCUUCACAACCCAGUUCUGUCGUAGGAUGUACAAAGACUUGAUGCUUAGCGAUGGCGGAGGUGUCAUUUGGAGCUACCUGAAACCUGUGCUGCGUGGCAAGAUCCUGUUUGCACCAGACACACCCAUCACGCGUGCUAUCAUCCGCCAGGCAAACACGACAUUUGAGAAUAUGGUUGAGAUGGUCAGAAUGGCAAGAACGGUAGGAAACAUGAGGAAACUGAGCAGUCUGAAGCAAGUUGCCAAGAACCUCGGAUCCCUGAAGUCGGCUCUGUCAAACCCGUACAUCGGAGGUGCGAUGAAGCAGAGUGUCGGCGUGAGCACGGACGACAUCAUGGUCUUCCUGGAGCGUCUAUCAACGCUGGAGCUCGGCGAGCUGAAUGACACGGUCUCGUCGCUGGCCAUCAUGGGAGAGUUGGUCGCUAACAUCUCACACUGCGUCACACUGGAUAGAUUUGUGGGUCUUCCAAGUGAAGAAGAUAUUGAUUACAUGGUGAAGCAUAGCAUUGGGCUGAAGGCUACUGAGAAAGGAAACAUACUAGCAGGUGUAAUAUUUGACGUCGGGAAGGAGGGAAAGAGAAGCAAGCGUCAAACGAGCCUACCCAAGCACAUUAAGUACAAAAUACGCAUGGAUAUAGACAAUGUUCCGAUCACUAGGCAGCUGAAAAAUUACCUCUGGAUUCCAGGACCUAGAGACGAUGCUGCAGAUGACUUGCGCUACCUGCGAGGCUUCAUUCAGCUGCAGGAUAUGAUAGACCAGGCAAUCAUCAAACUACAGACGGGCGCCGACGUGGAGUUGCCGGCCAUCUACACCCAGCAGCUCCCCUACCCAUGUUACGAAAAGGAUGUGUUCGCGACAUACCGAUCAGCUUUACUUCCUAUGCUGUUGGCCAUUUCUAUGGGGGUGUCUGUCGGUGUGAUGACUCGUAACAAGAUCAUGCACCGUCGCAUAGAGCAGGUGAUGAGAGCGAUGGGCCUGCGUGCGACGGUGCAGUGGCUCGCCUGGUUCAUCGUCAGCUUCGUUGUCAUGUUCUUCAUCGUCGUUCUCGUCAUCAUCCUGCUGCGGGCCGGAGGCAUCCUGAGAUUCACCAACAUCGGCAUCCUCUUCCUCAUCUUCCUCGAUUUUCUACUGUCUACCAUCAUGAUGAGCUAUCUGGUGAGCAUCUUUUUCAACAAGCCCGUGCUGGCAAUGCUCAUGGCCAUCAUGAUCUACAUGUUAUCCUACAUGCCCUACCUGAUUAUCAUGAGCCUGGAGAAGCAACUGCCCCAUUGGGGAAAGCUUGUCAUGUGUCUGAGUUCGACGACGGCAUUCAGCUUCUGCUGGCUGUACAUCUCGCGAUUCGAGGUGCAGGGUGUUGGUCUGCAGUGGAGUAACAUGCAGAGCAGUCCCGUCCCCGGCGACGAAACCAACGUGACGUGGGCCUGCUGGAUGAUGCUCAUCGACGCGGCAAUAUACUUCUUGCUUGCCUGGUAUCUGGAUAACCUCUUCCCAGGACAUGGGCCCAUGCAAAGCGCCUGGUAUUUUCCCUUCACAACGACUUACUGGUUUCAAAUGACCGUCCAGUCAGCCAGCAAGAAGAGGUCAACUAACAAGGCCAGCAAUGGGAUUGAGAUGAUUCAACGCGCAGUGUCCGAGAGAGGUGCCUGGGGAAGGCUGAGCACGCGUUACUGCGAGGGUUGGCAUCUCCCUGCAGAAGCUGAGGAGCGAUACGGGGGCAAGGAUGGCGAGCUGUGCCAUACAUGGCCUGAGCAUCGAAGUUCUACGAGGACAACCACCAUUAACAUAUUGUCAGGAGAGUACCCAGCAACAGAGGGAGCGGCUUACAUACACGGCAAGGAUGUCAACAGUCAGUUUAACGAUAUUCGUGGCAAGCUUGGCAUCUGCCCGCAACAUGAUAUUCUUUUUGAUGGGCUGUCUAUCAUAGAACAUUUGGAAUUUUAUGGGAAACUCAAAGGAACCAUGAACAAGAAGAAGUUAGAUGAGGACAUCCACCGGAUGCUGGAAGCGACAGAUCUGUGGGACCUGCAGCAGGAGCGCGUCGAGAACCUGUCCGGCGGCAUGCGUCGCAGACUGUCCGUCGCCGUGGCGUUCGUUGGCGGAUCACGCACGGUGAUCCUUGACGAACCGACGAGCGGCAUCGACCCGGUCGCGCGCCGACACAUCUGGGACCUGAUCAGCGCCUACAAAGAUGGGCGUACUAUUGUCCUAUCAACACACCACCUUGAUGAAGCAGAUAUUAUGAGCGACAGAGUAGCGAUCAUACACCAGGGCAAGCUGUUGGCUUGUGGAUCGUCGUUAUAUCUGAAGAGUAAGCUUGGCAGUGGGUAUCAGCUGACCAUACGCAAGACUUUGGAGGGCAGAGGGUUUGGCACAUGUUCUAACCUUCACAACCCUGCUGGUAGAAGUGCGUUUGAUGUGAAGCGGGUGCUAGGAUUGGUGCGACGACAUAUCGCCAACGCCCAGCUCGUGGAAGAUCUCCAGCAGGAGGCGCUACUGCUGCUGCCGAACGACGACGACGAUGUCCGCCGUUACCACCAACUGUUCAAUGCCCUGGACACUAAUGCAAGCGCCCUCUGCAUUGAGAGCUACGGCAUCUCUGGCACCACACUAGAGGAGGUGUUCCUGACUCUUUGUGAGCAGGCGGACGAAGGCUUGCCGAUGACUGGUAGCAAGAACAACUAUCAGAUGGUACGGCACCUGCGCAACACAGACGACGCAACCGAGUCUCGCAACCUCAACGCUCAGGGCGAUCUGACCGGGAAGGAGCGCUACACCGGCCUCCUGAUGCUCGUCAUGCAACUGCAUGCUCUCCUCGUCAAGCGCCUGCACCACUCCCGCAGGAACUGGAAGUACUUUCUCCUGAUCUUCCUGCUGCCCUGCAUCUUCCUCGCCGUUGCGAUGGGCUUCACCGUCAUCAAGCCGAUCGUUGGCGACCAGCCCUCCAUCGUGCUGCUGCCAGCCAUCUACGGUCCGCGUGCCGCGUCGUUCAUCGCCUACGACGACGCGCAGCAUGGUGCUGACGACGCCGACCGCCUGCUCAACUCACUGCUGCACCCGCCAGGUGUCAGCACCUCCUGUCUAAACGAUUUUCCAGAAAGGGGUGCAUAUGAGUGUGAGUACAGUGGUGAAAAGGGCUUCAGUUUGGAUUAUAUGAGCAAGGAGGACAAGGCCAAAUAUGCUGAGGAGAAAGAUUGCUCUUGUAAAUCUGGAGUCCAGUCAUGUCCAGUUGGAGCAACUGGCUACGUGCCACCUCGUUGGGUGACCAACACUUCAGAUAUCAUCUAUGACCUGCGGGAUAUGCCUAUAGGAUUAACUGAAUACCUGCUCAAGAGCCACCAAGAGUUUAUCCAGAAGAGAUUUGGUGGCUGGACAGUAGGUGACACCAUAGACAGCAACAAGGACAGCAUCAGAACACGUGGCACAGUGUGGUUUGACAAUACAGGAUUUCAUUCCCUCCCUUCCUACUUUAAUGGCAUGACCAAUGCCAUCUUGAGGCAGAAGAUCAAAGAUAUGGAUGCAGACCCUUCAGAAUACGGCAUUACUACAUAUAAUCAUCCACUAAAAAUGCACCAUGAGCAGCUCAAUAGGCAAACCCUGCAGGGGCGCGUCCACGACGUCGGUAUUGCUCUCACGAUACUCGUGGCGUUUGCGUUGAUACCGGCCGCCUUCGUCGUGUUCCCGAUCGAGGAGAGAAACAACGAGGAGGCUCAGCUGCAGUUCGUCUAUGGAGUGUCUAGGAGCAUGUACUGGUUUUCCACCUUCAUCUUUGACAUUGGCUGUUACAUUGUCUCGGUGGCCCUGUCUAUCGUCAUUUUGAACGUGUUUGGCCUGCCAGAAUACAAUGACAGAGAGAACUUGGGAGCCAUCUCCCUGCUCUUGCUGCUAUACGGUUGGGCAUCAAUUCCGAUCGUGUAUAUUAUGGCGAAAGUACUCAGAGACUCGAGUGCCGCAUAUGUGCUGAUAUUUGGAAUCAAUAUGGUGAUCGGCAUAAACACCAUGUUCCUAGUGCUGCUGCUCAGUCUCUUCCCCAAGAUACCGGCGCUAGUGAAUGCACAUCAUAUACUGCAGUGUGUGUUCCUAGUGUGCCCUCAGUAUGCCAUGGCGGGUGGCUUGAUUACACUCAUACGCAACCAGGUUGAGACGGACAUCUUUGAGAGAUUUGGUCUGGACGUGUACAAAUCUCCAUACACCAUGGAGAUGCUUGGCUGGAACUAUGUAGCAUUGGCCAUUCAAGGCACAGUGUUCUUCCUCAUUGUUAUACUGGUAAACGGAUGCAGAUGCAGCUUUGGCAGCCAGCAUGGAAAGGAGGUGGCGAUAAAGGAGGAUGAGGACGUGCGGAUGGAGCGUAAGCGCGUGCAUGCAGGAGGUGCCGAGGACAAUCUGCUCAAGCUGUUUGACCUUACCAAGGUCUACCAGAACGUGCUUGGCCGCAAUGUUGCCGUUAACAAACUCUGCGUUGGUAUCCCGCGGGGCGAGUGUUUCGGCUUACUUGGCGUGAAUGGUGCUGGAAAGACGACCACAUUCAAGAUGCUGACAGGACACAUAUUGCCUAGUGAAGGAGAAGCCUUACUGAACGGCACAAGCAUCACUGAUGGCAUCAGCAACAUGCAGAAUGCUGUCGGCUACUGCCCUCAGGCCAACGCUCUCGAUAGCUACCUCACCUGCAAGGAGAUGAUGACCUUCUAUGCGAGACUUCGUGGCUUGCAUCAUGACGACACUAAAGAGAUUAUCAAGAAAUUGUUGAAGAGGUUCAACCUGUACACACAGAAAGGGAAGGUAGUAAAGCAGUUGAGUGGGGGUAACAAGCGCAAACUAUGUGCUGCGAUCUCCCUACUGGGUGAUCCACCGCUCAUUCUCAUGGAUGAGCCGACGACCGGCAUGGACCCACAGACGCGCCGCCUGGUGUGGAACAACAUAAACAGCAUCAUUCGCGACAAUCGUUCAGUGGUGCUGACUUCGCACAGCAUGGACGAGUGCGACAAUCUGUGCACACGCCUCGCUAUCAUGGUCAAUGGGGAGUUCCAGUGUCUCGGGAACCCGCAGCAUCUGAAGGACAGGUUUGGAGACGGAUACACGCUGAUAGUAAAGAUGAAGCGUGACCAUGGCGACGUGAUGCCGAUAGUCACCUUCUUAGGAGGCCACUUCGCAGGCUGUGUCUUCAAGAAUCACGCGUUCAACACCUUGGAGUUCAGCAUUCCGAAGACCAACAGACUCGGCCUGAUAUUCGACAUCAUGGAGUUAGCGAGACAUAAUCUGCAUGUGGAGAAUUACUCUGUUUCGCAGACCCAUCUUGACCAGGUGUUCACCAGCCUUACACGCCACCAAACAGAUGGCCUUGUAGAAGAGAUCCAUGCUGGGGCCAUGGAGCUGGAGACAGGGACUGGAGCGAAGUUGGCUGCAGACAACAGCUUCUACAUGUUUGCAAAUCCAGCGUUUGACGUCACCUCGCCAAGGGAGUCGGGGUCGUACCUUCGCCGCUCCUACGUUCCAGAAGAGCACCAUUACGAGAGCAUACCGAAGUCUACCUAUGAGCAAAACCUUCAGGUGACUUCUCCAGUUGUUCCUGACCUGGAGAUGGACCACAGCCUGAAGGCGGAGGUGCACAGUGGCGCCCUCGCGCAGGCUGAGCUGAGUGACGUGGAUGACACUUACUCGGAGGUGCAUGAGGCAGAGUCGCCCUUGUAUGCCCGCCCUCACUACGCCAUGGAGAUACACAGCUCGUUAGAAAACGAGGAAGAUGAUAGCGUCGAUGGUGGGGCAGCAGCGCCAGAUGUCCGGGAGGCAAGUGUACUGAUACCACUAGGAGAGGAGGUGAGCGAAACGUCAAUAGGCCCUCCAUUGACUGAUAACGAUGACACACGCGAUUCGCCGCGGUCGCAGCAGCUGGUCGAGAAAGAUGCACCCCCUACGCUACCGACACAGCAGUGGAAUGAAGAGCCCAUGUCAUCUCAUCCGGCUUUUACAGAGGAACCAAAAAAGGAGCCAAUAUACAGGGUUAAAAUCUCAUUAAGUGAUGAUGAGGAGGAGACAGAAGAAGCUGCGGGAAGUGUAGCGGCUGAGGACGGAUACCUUAGUGAUGAUGAAAACACUAAUCUGUAGAGACGAUGCCAGGAGCCCUGUAAAUUAAAGCGGAAUUAACUCCUAAUGCCUCCAAACUAUGCGAAACUCUUGGGCUUUGCUCCCACCUCCAUGAAAAAUGCGUUAGCUACACUCCUCAUUUUAUAACCAUCAAAAGCUGUGACCUGUAUUAAAACAUUAUUGUUUUAUUCGUAACCCACGGGUGUAUACGAAAGUGCUGGCAUUGAUCAACAUUUAAGUAGAGAGACCAGAAAUGCAGUGCUGCUACAAACCUAAAUCCUAAUAUAAAUCCUAUAUAUAAAUAUAGGAUAUAUUCCUAUAAUAUAAAUCCUGCACAGUUGGUCUACUACACAUUUGUUUAUGUAAAUCUGUGGUUGCAGGAACGUCCAGAAAACGCAGGCAAGCAGAUUCAUUGGCAUGCAUUUUUGCAUAAUAUAUCAGCAUACACCGUUACGUACGUGCGUGCGUGCGUGCGUGCGUACGUGCGUGGACGUGUGCGUGCACCUACUGUUCCCCUCUGUUUAGUGUUGUAAUGAUAAUUACCUGGUGGCACACCUAUAUACAGCACGGUCUCCUACAUUGAUGCAGUUGUAUUGUGAUAUUUUGCAUAAUGGUUGCCCUCUAAUUGGACUUUUCGUCUAUAUACCAGUAAUCAUGACAGUUUUGUAUUGCGGGGGUGUUACAUACCAGUGUCGUUUUGGUACUUUUUUGUACUUUUGGUGUAAUGUUUUUUUAAAUAAUUUUAAUGAUUAAAAUACAUUCAAUAUUUUAUAGCAAAUAGUUUAGUAUUGUGAUGGGAUUAGCGGAACAAUGAAAUUAUUAUUGUAAUUCGAGAUCCUUUGAAAUUAUCAGUAGCAGUACACACCAAUUUGCUUUUCAUCAGAUCUGGAGCACGUAAACCGAGCGCGAACGAUGGUGAAAACUGAACGUUGUUGGAACUACGUGUGUUACGUACUUCACUGUAACUAAGACAUGUCUUACAGUGUGUAUCGUUGGGGGUAUUCGCCCUAGGGUUCAUGUGCUCUUGAUUAGAUGCAUUCUUUCUUGUGUGUGGAUAAUAUAUGUAAUUGCGGUAACGUAUUUAGAGUAGAAAUCUUCGGUUAUGAAUAAUGCAUCAACAAACGAGCUUAUUUUACCAUGUUUAUAUAAAACGAAUUCCUAGAAAUGUACUCAAAUCUAGCCAAAAUUUCUAUGUUAAAGUUGGGAAUAAUUUUAGCUUUGGUCAUUUGGGCAAAGUUUAGUCAUUAGUCAGUGUAUAAAUAGAUAAGAAGAGGCUAUUGUAGUAAUGUAGUAUUUCAUGAACGCAAGUCAAAGAGAUUUGGUCAUGAUGUACAAUAUACAUCUGAUAUGUUUGUUAAAGAAAUUUUCUGAUUUUCUUAGUGAAUAUUCUCUUCUGUGAUUCCGUAAACAUAUCUAUAAAAUUGCGUAGGUACUUUAUAGUGAUGUUAUAGUAGUGUAUGCCGCAACUUCCGCCGGCCCGCGAUAACAUUUCGACGGGAGUCGCGAGAUGUGUGCCUUGUUUAACCAAGAGAUUUCCAGGUGCAUUUAUGUGCUACUAAAAGAUUUACAAGUGAGAUUAUCCGCGUAAGUCGCAGGGGUCUAACUUGCAUGCAAAUAUUGUGCAGCUGGAGUCUCGGAGCGUGGAUUAUGCAUUUGGGUAAUCUUGGGUCCAAAAUAUUAUCGAAAAAAUAUACGUAUAUAGAUCGCACAGAAAACGAAAUUUUGCACGUGAUUUCUCCUCCUAUGCGAGCUGAAGUGUUAGCAGCGCUUUGCUAUUGGUGAUGCACAUUUUUAUACUUUUCUACCUAGUCUAGUAUGUAAUUAUUGGUAUUUUAUCUAUAUUCGUAUCUUUUAUAUUUUUAUAAACGUUUUUGGAAAAUAAAUAUGCGUAUCAGUAUGUAAAAUCUAAGCUACAUAAUGGUGUUAGGGUCAUUGUAUGCUGUGCAUGAUAUAAUAUCCCCUCAUCAUAUUAUUCACAUAUCUCACGCAGCUUUUCGGCGGCUACAAGAUCGUGGUUUGAAAAUUACGGAUGCAGAAGCCAUAUAUAGGCAUUUCAGUUAUUUACAUAGUCUAGUAUGUAAUUGGUGUUUUAUCUAUAUCCGCCUCUUUUAUAUUUUUAUAAACGUUUUUGGAAAAGAAAUCUCCUAUGCGUAUCAAGUAUAUAAAAUAUAAGCUACAUAUUGUAUGCUGUGCAUGAUAUAUAUCAUAGAGGGUACAGUACUCCCAGCAUAAUCACAUAAUCGCAUAUCUCGCGCAGCUUAUGUGUUUAUCUAUGGUACAAGGUUUGAUAAUUACGGAUGUAGAUGCCAUAUAUAGGCAUUCAGAUUGUGAUAGGCAACUACAAACUACUUUUUGUAUCAGGAAGCAUAGUUUUAUAUAGGCAAUUAACUACAGAAUCCGAUGGGAUUUUGGUAGUUGUUCCUAUCAAUUCUUUGAAAUAACUCAUCAAAGGUUUUAAAUGCUUAGCAGAUGUUGCAGAUAAGAUGGCUCUUAUACUGUGAAUUGGGCAUUUAAUGGAUUAAUCUUAAGCUUCUAUCUGUUUUGGCCUGUAAGGUAAGAAAUUGUCGCUGUUGACGUUUCAGAAAAAGUUAUGAAGACGUGUCACAAACAUCAGUAAUUGAAUUGUACAGAAACGUCCUGUAUUACUCGAUUUAUUUUGUCUGUAUAUCGUAAUUAUAUGCAAUAGCAAUGCACUAGAUUAUUCGAGUGUGACACGGUAUAAAUAGUUAUCUACUGAGCAUUUAUAUUCAAGGUUUUUUACACGUAGAUAGUUUAUAUAUAAACAUUUCAAUACUUUAUGGUACUAUGCAAUAAACAUAAUAACGUUUCCUUA